GAGCGGAGGAGGAAGUGACCACUGUUGAGCUGUGCCCUUUUAUCUUCUCUCUGACUGCCUGCUCUUUGUACAGCGGACAUUCGACUGCCAAUAGGACACGCACACACAGAAGGACCCGGCGUUAGGAGACAGUUACAAUGCAGGCCAUCAAAUGUGUGGUUGUGGGAGACGGUGCUGUGGGUAAGACAUGUUUGUUAAUUAGUUACACCACCAAUGCCUUCCCUGGAGAAUACAUCCCAACUGUUUUUGAUAAUUAUUCUGCAAAUGUAAUGGUAGAUGGAAAGCCUAUAAAUCUUGGUCUCUGGGACACAGCAGGGCAAGAAGAUUAUGACAGAUUAAGGCCACUCUCCUACCCACAGACAGAUGUGUUUCUGAUAUGCUUCUCACUAGUUAGUCCUGCCUCUUUUGAGAAUGUCAGGGCAAAGUGGCAUCCUGAAGUUAGUCACCACUGUCCAAACACUCCGAUAAUUCUGGUAGGAACUAAGUUAGAUUUGCGAGAUGACAAGGAAACAAUUGAGAAGUUGAAAGAAAAGCGUCUUUAUCCUGUGACAUAUACACAGGGUCUUCAAAUGAUGAAGGAAAUGGGUGCUGUUAAAUAUCUUGAAUGCUCUGCUCUCACCCAGAAGGGCCUAAAGACCGUCUUUGAUGAAGCAAUCCGUGCUGUUCUACAACCUCAAAAAUUACCCAAGAAGAAGAAGGGUUGUGCGAUAUUGUGAAAAAUAAUUAUUUUAAAAAAUAUGCAACAACGAGCCCUCCUUGAUGUGUCGUCUUUCAUAAAAUUAUCAUGUUAUUUAAAUUAACGAACACUAAUUAUAAUAAUUAUAAUACUAAUAAUAUUAUGUUUUCUUUUGCACAUUUUCUUUCUCAUGCAGACUUCUCUUCUAGCAAGUGUAGCUCACUGUAAUAAUAAUUAUUAUUGAUUACGAAGCUUGCUUCUGAACUAUUUUUAACUAUUAUUAUUGUUAUUUUUUGUUUUCCAUUAGUAAUAAUACUGUAAUGGUAAUAUUAAUAUUGAA